AGGCCGGGCUGCUCCCCGCGCUGCUGUCCUGCCUGUCCCGCCCGCCCUCGCAGCUGCGCUACUGGCAGGCCAUCAACCUGGGGGUGGUGGGCGCCCGGCUGCUGGAGAUGCAGUGGUGGCUGCUGGUGGUGGCACGCACCUGUCUGCUGCCGCAAAAGGCAUCGGAGGAGGCGCAACAACAACAACAACAGCAGCAGCAGCCUGCAGCAGCAACACCAGCGGCACCCGCGGAGUCGCAGUCGCAGGCGAAGGAGGGGCGGCUGCUUGAGGCUGCAGCGCAGGCGGUGCUGCAGAGCCCGGCACUGAGGACGUGGGUGGCGCAGGUGACGGCGGCGGCGGCGGAGGUAGCAGGU